AUUUUCUUUAGCAGCUUGACUCCAUCCGACCCAAAGUCCUUUUUCUUGUGGUAGUAGCUUGACAGACCCACGCCCGUGCCUGUGCAGAAAGUACCUCAUACCCUGCAGCCACAUUCUACUCUGGCCCAAGCUUCCACGCCAUGAGGACGGAACGGAAUAGACGAAAUGGUUCCGACCUUUGUCUGCAUGAGCCAGUCCCACCCACUCGAUUCUGUGGCUGUGAGUCGAAUCAUAAUGCGAACCCAAGUUUCUCGCGACACACAGAAAUAAAGGGAAAUCCCGUGUCAUCCUAUGUCAUAGUCCUCAAUCUCACCUUAGACCAGCGGGAAGGGUAUAAAGGCUGGUCCCGUCCACCAUGUUGCACUCUCAUCUUAACGAGGGAUGCUGAUCGACGGUCAAAAGUGGGCUUGUGAAGCUUGCAUACGAGGCCAUCGUGUGACCAGCUGCAAACAUCAUGAUCGACCAUUAAUCCGCAUAAAACGCAAAGGCCGGCCCUUUGCAACCUGCACAAUCUGCAAUGCAACGCCCUGCACAGCUCCAACCGAGCACGCGCGCGCAAAACGCGACGCAGAGCUCAAAUGUUCAAAAAAAGCCCCAAACGGGAGACUCUAUCCGCGGCAUCAUAACACGGCCGGUUUCCUUCCUAUAGCGCCUCGUCCCGGGCCCGAUCCGGGUGGGAGGGCUGCGUCGGUUUCCACGAUGUCGACCACCGUCCCAGUCGUCGCCAAGUCGAAGUCCAAGUCGGCGUCGGGUUCUCGAUCGGGGUCGGUCUCGGCUUCGGGCAGGCCUUCUCGGGCUGGGUCGUCGGCUUCGUUGUCGGCUAAGGGUACUGUUUCUCAUUACUAUGAUGCUGCUGGAGCGGGCGAUUGGUCGGGUUCUGAGACAUCUGGGUCUGGGUCAGUAUCUGGGGCUGAGGUCUCGUUUCAGCAGCGCGGUUCUUUCCCGGAGGCGGGUUUGACUGUGUCGAGCGAGACUGCCUUGGCUGGAUUUGGAUCUCAUGUUCCGCUUUCGAACUCCGCUCCUAGCUCCUUGGCUGAUUAUCCCGCUGUUUCGGAGGCGCUUUUUGAUUCUGCGUACUCCCUCCUCCCUUCGUCGUCGGCGGUUUCAGAUGCCCAGCUUGGGCAGGCGUUGCCGUCGGUUAGUCCGCUCGAAGGGGCGAACCCCUUUGAAUUCCCGCUGGACCCUGCGCUGGCGUUGGGGGAUAUCGGGUUGGGUUCUUUGGAUGAUGUGGAUAUGAGCAUGGAUGUGGAAUUGCCACCUGUUGAAGAAGGCUUUCAUGUUGAGGAUUGGUCGAGGUAUAUGUGGUCGCCAGAGACCGGGUUUGAACAUCUAGAUAUGGGCAUUACUCCUGUGCUUCGAUAA